AUGGAGGCUUCUGGUUAUCAGUUUACAUGGAGUAGAGACCAGAAAAUUCUUAGUAGGGUGGAGGAGAGGCUUGAUAUGGCCUUAUGUACGUCGAGUUGGUUGGAUAAAUUUCCAGAGAUUGCAUUCUGGAAUAUUGACUUGUCUAGUUCAGACCAUCUCCCAAUUUUGCUUAAGUUUUUCAAACGGGAUACUAUAAAAAUUAAACCCAACUUUAGGUUUAAUAAAAUUUGGCUUUUAAAGGGUAUUUGCCAUGAAGUAGUAGAUGCAUGGAUGAGGAGUUAUAGCAAUGUCAGGGACAAGCUGAGCCUCACAUUACAGAUUGUCGUAUAUGAUUUAUUGAUAGGGCUGGUUACUUGUGAUGAAUUGUAUUUUGAGUCCCGGCGCGACAGGGUGCUUUUCAGCACAAUCUUGAAUUUUCUUCUAGAAGACUCUUAG